AUGGAUGAGCCUUCGUUCAAGCUUACCAUUACGCCCCUUAAGCCUGCAGACAUUCCUUCUGAAGAAGUAAUCCUCUCUGCGGCAGAAUCGCUCCUCGAAUCAACUUCGUCCUGGAAACCAGGCAAAACCUACCACAAAACAGUCAAAACCUACUCUCGCGGCAAGGAAGCGGGUGAUGGUGCUCCAUGGCACUGCCGUGUAAGCGAGCACGCCCCCGCCGAAGCCACGUUUGACCAGAUGUGGGCCAAGCUGGGCACAAACAAAGCUGAGAAUGAGAAAGAAUACGUCCGAGACAUCAACAAGGUUACCAAAGUCAAGGAAAUCUCGCCUACGCAAUCGAUCUGGACAUUGUAUUACAAGUUCACGCCGCCCGUCCAGCCGCGUGUUUUCACUGUCCUUCAAAUCGUGCAUAAUUAUCCCACAGAGUCUCUCGAGCACCACACUGGGGUGGUCGUCUCUAUCCCGAUCGAUCUAUCUUCGCCAGAAGACGCUGACCUUGCGAAGCUGGAAGAAAAAGGUGUCAAGGGUCGAUACGCUAGCGUGGAACGGUUGACAACGUUGGAGAAUGGGAAUACAGAGUGGCGUAUGGCAACUUCAAGCACUCCUGGAGGUCUCAUACCUUCCUUCCUGGCAGAAGCUACGAUGAAUAGUACCAUUGCGGAGGAUGUGCCUCAUUUCAUGAAAUGGCUUCAUAGCUUGCCUUCGGAAUCGAAAUGA